UCAAUGCGACAGCUCCAUUUGAAGAAAGCUCAAAUCUCUGGCGCCCAUGAUGGGCCGCUUCCAUCCUGGGACAGAUCUAGCAGAGGCGGCGGCGGCGUCCGCGGCGGUGAGGAAUCCCGGGGAAUUGACGAGGCGGCGCUGGCGAUCAAUCAUCUCCUGGGAAUCGCUGCUCUGGGGCUGGUUUGCGUCUGGUGUGGAAAUGUAAGGGGAGGUCUGCUCUGGAAUUCCCCCAACAAGGAUCUCCUCUUCAAUUUCCAUCCGGUGUUGAUGAUCGCGGGCUUCGUCUUCGUGCACGGUCAAGCGAAUCUAACGUAUAGAACACUGACUGGCAGCAGGAACUACAAGAAGGCGAUCCAUUUCCUGGCACAAGGAUUGGCGCUCGUCCUGGGAGCUGUGGGGUUUCUCGCGGCUCUCAAGUUCCACAAUGACAGAGGCAUUGACAACUUUUAUAGCUUGCAUUCGUGGUUGGGCCUCACAACCAUGACACUCUUUGUCACGCAGUGGACGGUGGGAUUCGUCUCAUUUUGGUACCCCGGUGGCUCCACCGCCGCUCGAUCUUCCAUUCUCCCAUGGCACAUCUUCUCGGGGAUUUUUCUCUACACUUUGAGCCUAGUUACUGCCGAGACGGGCCUUUUGGAGAAGUUAACUUUCCUCCAAACUUCCAAGGCCAUCGAAAGAUUUGGCAGGGAAUCCACCCUGGUAAAUUCCCUGGGAUUAAUCCUCGUCCUCCUGGGCUUCUUCCAUGCGCUUGCGUUGCUAACACCUAAACCGCCAAGAUGAUCAUGAGAAUCACACAGGUUCUUCAUAUUAGAAGUUUGCCGAGGAAUGAAAAUGCUUUCCAAGAUUAUCUACGUUAUGGGCGUCCAAACCGCACCAGUUUAGUU